AUGCCGUCGAGGAUCGAUGACCGCUGGCUUUGGCUCAGUUUUGGGGUCAUCUCGAUCGCCACAAUCUACGGCAUUCGUCUCGCCUUCCAAGACCUGAUCAGUUUGACCAAACUCGAUCCCCAUGACGAUGAAGAGAGGAAGAAAGAUGAAGAACAUCCGGAAGAUGCCAUCUCCCUAAAAGACCUCAAAACCCUCACCACCUCCCCCAACUCCGCCAUAGCCAACUCCGCCAUCUCCCUAACCGUCUCCCGCGUCCAGCGCGACCCCUCCGUCACAACCUCCAUCCGCCGCGACCUCCGCUCCGCGGACCCCCGAACCCGCUUCCUCGCCACCACAGCCCUGGACUUCCUCUGCCACCACCCUUCCUACCCCGGCCACGACGCCGACAGGCCCAGCCGACGGCUCCCAUACGAUGACUUCGGCCGCUCGACUCCCGAUCGCGUCCCGAACGAAAGCGAGACGGAAUGGGUCGUUGCGCAACUGGCCCGGCGAGCGGAGGCUAGUGACCCCGUUGCUGGGCAGAUGAUGGGGCUCGUGGAGCGCGCGAGGACGAUCGAUCCGGGUGGUAUGUUUGGCCCGCCGGAUGAGAGGAAUCCGUGGGUGGGGGAAGGGGAGGAGGGGGUCGUGCCUAGUAUUGAGGAUCCGGUGGCGGGGUGGACUAAUGUGCCAAGAGCAAGGCCGCAGCCCGGUGGUGGGACUGCUGAGGAGGAUGCGGCCGAGUUGCGCAGGUCGAGACGGGAGGCAGUGGUGAUGAUUGAUCCGCAUGGGCACGUUAUCGUAGAAUAG